CCACCAUUUUCCAAACUCUCCCACUCUUCACUCUCAUCUCUCCAUCAAUCAGUAGGGAAGCAGAGCGACAAAACAAGAAACCAUCUUCCAAACAAAAAAUAAAACCCUAGCCUGCUCUCUCCCAAUUCCAUGGCGAAGCACCCGUCCUCCCCUUCCGCCGCCUCGGCAGCGCAAAUGGGCCCCCCGCCUCAGCAGAUUGCGGACGCCAAGGACUUCUCAGCCACCGCCGACGCUGUCAUCUGCUCGCCUCCGUCGCCGCUAGCGGGGUUCAUCUUCAUGUGCAACGGCGCGACGAAGCCCGAGUGCUUCAGGUACCGAGUGCUGGGCCUUCCGAGGUGGAGGCUGGAUACCGUCUCUCGGAUCAAGCGCGGCGCGGGGCUCUUCCUCUACGACUUCGACGCCAGGUACCUCUACGGCCCCUACCUCGCCGACUCCGACGGUGGCCUCGCCCUCGAACCCGCCGCCUUCCAAGGCCGCUAUCCAGCCCAGGUCAAAUUUACGAUUCAUGGUGAUUUCAUGCCUAUCCCGGAGAAUAGUGUAAGAAGUGCCAUCAAGGAGAAUUAUUCCCGUGGAAAAUUCACGCCAGAACUUACCUUUGCGCAAGUUGAGAAACUGACAUCAUUGUUUCGGCCAGUUACUUUACUGCCAGAGUCAGCACCUGGGCAUUAUGUUGAUGACAGGCAUCCUGCUUCCUCUGCUUCUUACCUGCCUCCUUUAGCUUCGCACGCAACACAGCCAGCUAUUGACAGGCAUCCUGCUCCCUCUGCUGCCCACCUGCCUCCAUUAGCUUCUCACCCAACACAGCCAGCUAUCGACAGGCAUCCUCCUCCUUCUGAUGCUUACCUGCCUUCUUCAGCUUCUCACCCAGCACAGCCAGCUGCUUAUGUGCACCUCCCAACUGCUCAUGUUCCUCCUGCUGCAUAUUCUCACCUUGCUCCUCCGACUGCUCAAUUCAAUACGCAUCCUUGCUAUGUGGCCCCAACUGGGCAUCUGUAUCAAGCAGGAUAUGAAGCAUAUGGUCCAUUGCCUCCCACCUAUCAGUACCUGCAAGAUCCUCCUAAUCAUUAUUUCUAUACCCAAGCCCAACACCCUAUGCCCGAGCAUGCUCCAGCUCCUGUCUAUUCCAUUGAUCCCUAUUUUACUGCUAAUCGGAAUGAUCCAUAUCGGUAUGAUGCUGUGAAAUUCAAUUACCAGCAGAGUACUUCUGAGAGAACUGUCUAUGGUGCACCACAUCAGGUGGUUCCGACAAACUUGCAACCUGUCAGGCAUCAUGGGUCUACUCCAAGCAGUGAAGCUGCAGCACCUGAAGCAGCUGCAACAAACUUAGGGCUUGAAAGGAGUUAUGGGUCUAUUCGAAGCAGUGCAACUGAGGGAAGUACACAGCCUAAUGCAUAGGCGAUCUACUCCUAUGCAGGCGUGCCAGCAACCACUCAGUCUGAGAAUGUCACUGUGCCAUCGGUACAUGUCGCUGCUGCUGCUGCACCAGCUUACCUGUGAUUUGCUCCGUGACAUCUUCUAUUUUUUGCCAACAUGGUCAUUCUGAACUGAGAGCGUUGCUGAUUUGCCCUCAUGAGUUUCGCCAUUCUUCCCUAGGAAUUCAGAUAAAGAUGGUAUGGUGUAUAGAGGAAUCUGGCUCCUACUUGUGUUGCUUGCUGGUUGUUGCGGUACUAGCCUUUUUUUUACUGCUGGUUGCGGUACUAGCUGGUUGGUUGCUAGCAGUUGGCGUCAAUACUAAGAGCAUCUCUAGCAGUUACUAGCA